UAUUAAUUGAGUGAUUCGAUUACCGGUGUUUGUUCGUUUUAACGUAUCUCGAAAUGCCUAACGCCAUUGGGAUCGAUCUUGGUACAACAUAUUCGUGUGUUGGUGUUUUCCAGCAUGGCAAAGUGGAGAUAAUUGCCAAUGAUCAGGGUAACAGAACGACACCGAGUUAUGUGGCGUUCACAGAUGCUGAGCGUUUAAUUGGUGAUGGAGCAAAGAACCAAGUGGCUAUUAAUCCAACAAAUACAGUGUUUGAUGCGAAGCGGCUAAUCGGUCGUCGUUUCGAUGAUCCAUCAGUUCAGAGUGAUAUGAAGCAUUGGCCAUUUGAGGUGGUUCAAGUCGGUGGUAAGCUGAAAAUUCGUGUUGAGUAUAAGGGUGAGAAAAAGUUGUUCUCCGCGGAGGAGAUUUCGUCGAUGGUGUUGACGAAAAUGAAGGAGGUUGCUGAAAGUUAUUUGGGCAGGACAGUAAGUGACGCGGUUAUAACAGUUCCUGCUUACUUCAAUGACAGUCAACGUCAAGCAACGAAAGAUGCAGGUGCUAUAGCUGGUCUUAAUGUGUUGAGAAUCAUUAAUGAGCCUACAGCUGCGGCAAUUGCCUAUGGUUUAGACAAGAAGGUUGGUGGUGAACGUAAUGUGUUGAUAUUUGAUUUGGGUGGUGGUACAUUUGAUGUGUCCAUCUUGACAAUUGAGGAUGGUAUAUUCGAGGUGAAGUCUACUGCUGGUGAUACACACUUGGGAGGUGAAGAUUUUGACAAUCGUCUGGUGGAUCACUUUGUGAAAGAGUUCCAGAAGAAAUUUAGUAAAGACAUUCGUGACAAUAAGCGUGCAUUGCGUCGCCUGAGAACAGCAUGUGAACGUGCGAAACGUACAUUGAGUUCGAGCACCCAAACGAAUCUGGAGAUUGACUCGUUGUGUGAUGGUAUUGAUUUUUACACGUCGAUUACUCGUGCACGAUUUGAGGAGUUGAAUGCCGAUCUAUUCCGUGGUACAUUGGGUCCUGUUGAGAAGGCUUUGCGAGAUGCUAAGAUGGAUAAGGCCCAGAUUCACGAAAUAGUGUUGGUUGGUGGUUCCACUCGUAUCCCUAAGGUGCAGAAGCUGUUGCAGGACUUCUUCAACGGGAAGGAGUUGAACAAAUCUAUUAAUCCGGAUGAAGCUGUGGCUUAUGGUGCAGCUGUGCAGGCAGCUAUUCUAAGUGGUGACAAGUGUGAGGCUGUGCAGGACUUGCUGUUGCUUGACGUGGCUCCAUUGUCACUGGGUCUUGAAACGGCUGGUGGUGUAAUGACGGCUCUGAUUAAGCGUAAUACGACAAUUCCGACGAAGCAGACUCAAACGUUCACAACGUACUCGGACAACCAGCCUGGUGUGCUUAUCCAGGUGUUUGAGGGUGAGCGUGCUCUGACGAAGGACAACAAUCUGCUUGGCAAGUUCGAACUCUCAGGUAUCCCACCUGCUCCUCGUGGUACUCCCCAGAUUGAGGUGACGUUUGAUAUAGACGCGAACGGUAUUCUGAACGUAUCUGCUGUUGACAAGGGUACAGGGAAGCAGAACAAGAUAACGAUUACAAAUGACAAGGGUCGUUUGACGAAGGAGGAGAUUGAACGAAUGGUAGCCGAUGCGGACAAGUACAAGGCUGAGGAUGAGAAGCAGAGAGAUCGUGUUUCUGCGAAGAACUCGCUUGAGAGUUAUGUGUACACAAUGAAACAGCAAGUGGAGGGUGAGCUUAAAGAAAAGAUAUCUGAAAGUGAUCGUCAAGUGAUAUUAAGUAAGUGUGAGGAUACAAUUGGUUGGUUGGACGUUAAUCAAUUGGCGGAGAAGCAUGAGUAUGAAAUGCCUAACGCCAUUGGGAUCGAUCUUGGUACAACAUAUUCGUGUGUUGGUGUUUUCCAGCAUGGCAAAGUGGAGAUAAUUGCCAAUGAUCAGGGUAACAGAACGACACCGAGUUAUGUGGCGUUCACAGAUGCUGAGCGUUUAAUUGGUGAUGGAGCGAAGAACCAAGUGGCUAUUAAUCCAACAAAUACAGUGUUUGAUGCGAAGCGGCUAAUCGGUCGUCGUUUCGAUGAUCCAUCAGUUCAGAGUGAUAUGAAGCAUUGGCCAUUUGAGGUGGUUCAAGUCGGUGGUAAGCUGAAAAUUCGUGUUGAGUAUAAGGGUGAGAAAAAGUUGUUCUCCGCGGAGGAGAUUUCGUCGAUGGUGUUGACGAAAAUGAAGGAGGUUGCUGAAAGUUAUUUGGGCAGGACAGUAAGUGACGCGGUUAUAACAGUUCCUGCUUACUUCAAUGACAGUCAACGUCAAGCAACGAAAGAUGCAGGUGCUAUAGCUGGUCUUAAUGUGUUGAGAAUCAUUAAUGAGCCUACAGCUGCGGCAAUUGCCUAUGGUUUAGACAAGAAGGUUGGUGGUGAACGUAAUGUGUUGAUAUUUGAUUUGGGUGGUGGUACAUUUGAUGUGUCCAUCUUGACAAUUGAGGAUGGUAUAUUCGAGGUGAAGUCUACUGCUGGUGAUACACACUUGGGAGGUGAAGAUUUUGACAAUCGUCUGGUGGAUCACUUUGUGAAAGAGUUCCAGAAGAAAUUUAGUAAAGACAUUCGUGACAAUAAGCGUGCAUUGCGUCGCCUGAGAACAGCAUGUGAACGUGCGAAACGUACAUUGAGUUCGAGCACCCAAACGAAUCUGGAGAUUGACUCGUUGUGUGAUGGUAUUGAUUUUUACACGUCGAUUACUCGUGCACGAUUUGAGGAGUUGAAUGCCGAUCUAUUCCGUGGUACAUUGGGUCCUGUUGAGAAGGCUUUGCGAGAUGCUAAGAUGGAUAAGGCCCAGAUUCACGAAAUAGUGUUGGUUGGUGGUUCCACUCGUAUCCCUAAGGUGCAGAAGCUGUUGCAGGACUUCUUCAACGGGAAGGAGUUGAACAAAUCUAUUAAUCCGGAUGAAGCUGUGGCUUAUGGUGCAGCUGUGCAGGCAGCUAUUCUAAGUGGUGACAAGUGUGAGGCUGUGCAGGACUUGCUGUUGCUUGACGUGGCUCCAUUGUCACUGGGUCUUGAAACGGCUGGUGGUGUAAUGACGGCUCUGAUUAAGCGUAAUACGACAAUUCCGACGAAGCAGACUCAAACGUUCACAACGUACUCGGACAACCAGCCUGGUGUGCUUAUCCAGGUGUUUGAGGGUGAGCGUGCUCUGACGAAGGACAACAAUCUGCUUGGCAAGUUCGAACUCUCAGGUAUCCCACCUGCUCCUCGUGGUACUCCCCAGAUUGAGGUGACGUUUGAUAUAGACGCGAACGGUAUUCUGAACGUAUCUGCUGUUGACAAGGGUACAGGGAAGCAGAACAAGAUAACGAUUACAAAUGACAAGGGUCGUUUGACGAAGGAGGAGAUUGAACGAAUGGUAGCCGAUGCGGACAAGUACAAGGCUGAGGAUGAGAAGCAGAGAGAUCGUGUUUCUGCGAAGAACUCGCUUGAGAGUUAUGUGUACACAAUGAAACAGCAAGUGGAGGGUGAGCUUAAAGAAAAGAUAUCUGAAAGUGAUCGUCAAGUGAUAUUAAGUAAGUGUGAGGAUACAAUUGGUUGGUUGGACGUUAAUCAAUUGGCGGAGAAGCAUGAGUAUGAAAGUAAGCGGGAGGAGUUGGAGAAGGUCUGUGCGCCGAUAAUUACGAAGGUGUACCAGGCUGGUGGUAUGCCAGGAGGCAUGCAUGAAACAGGUGGUGCUGGUGGUGGAAGUGGUAAGGGACCAACGAUUGAGGAGGUCGACUAA